CAGAGAAAACAGUCGUCUAAAGAAAAUAUUUUUUUUUUUACUGUGUCAAUAGUAAUUACUGGUUUCUAUUAUUUUAAAUUUUUACAAGUCUUGCCGUCUAAACACAAACAUGAAAUCUUUAGCCGUAAUAAUUCUCAUUAAUAUGAGCUUGAGCGGAUUUUUCGUCCUGACCAAUGGUUUGUCGUGUUACGAAUGCAAGUUGAAUGACGCAGCAUGUGCCACCGAGGAAAGUGAUGCAAAACUUACAAAAAUCAUUUGUGCUAAAGGUAGUGGUGGUGGUGGUGGUGAUGCUGGAAAUGGAACUGCAACUACUGGAGCACCAGACGCUUCUGUUCCACCAGUAGCUGGUGAAACAACUAAAGCAGCUAAAUUCCUAGCCGGUGAAGUUUUUCACUGUUUCAAGGCCAUCCUUAAAGGAAAUGGCACAAGCAAGCCGAUAGUACGCGGCUGCAAGGAGACCCCCGGCACCGAUGACUGUUUACCUGCAGGAACCGAAGUCGAAAAAUGCGAUGUCUGUGACACGGACGACUGUAACGGCGGCACUGCUGGACAGUCUAUAGUAACUGGGUCUGAGAUGCAGUGCGCUCUCAUAUCAUCCCUGGUGAUUGCCAGGAUGUUUUUCCUCACCAAGUGACGGAAGCUCAAUCAUUAUAAAAUAAAACUAAUUAAAAUAGUAUAACUAAAACAAU